AUGGACAUUAUCGAUCUGCUACAUACAGAAAAUGUGGAUGUUUCUUCAGCAGACAAGGAAGGAAAGGCUGCACCGCACGUUGCUGUAACCUCGGGUGCCGCUAGAAUCGUGAAGCAGCUAUCAGAUACAUUGGCAGAUAUUGAUGCGGCAGACAGAUGUGGUUGGACGCCAUUGGCCAUAGCAGCCGAAUGUGGUCUGCACGAUAUCGCAUUAAUUUUGCUACAGAAGAAAGCGGAUGCCAACGUGAAGUCAGCGAAUGGAAAUACAGCAUUGCGUUGUGCUGCAGGCAGUGGAUGCGCUUGGACAUGUCUGUUUCUGUUGAUGUACGGUGCUGCUAUCGACCCGAAGAAUUGUUACGGAGCUACCUCGUUGCUGAUGGCAGUUACGCACAGAAGUGCAGACGAGUUUAAGCUUCUUGUAGAUGAAGGGGCUAAUGUUGACACGAAUGAUCAUGGUAAACGGACGUCCUUGCAUCUUACCAUCAAGAAUAGAGCCAAUGAUAUCGUGGAAAUGCUUUUCGAUCAUGGAGCCUAUUUACGACUAAAGGAUAAAAGAGGAUUUACACCUCUGAUGGUCGCUGCUCAAGCUGAAAAUAUUCCUGCCAUCAGUUGUUACUGA